AUGAAUUAAUAGUUACAAUAAUAGAAUUAGAUAAAUUAGAUAUAUCUUGAACAAAAUAAAAUGACAAUAAUAGUUCAACUCAGAAAAGGAUCUGGGUCUUAAGGUAGUGUGUAUUAAGGUUUUAUAAAAAACACAAAUCAAAGGGUGGCUGUAAAAGUAGUUAAAGAAUUAAAUCCUAUUGAGGAAACUAUAUUAUAAAUUAUUUAGAAAAAUAAACCUAAAUACAUUAUAAGAGUAGAUGCAAUUGAAAAAUUGAAUAACUUAAUUUAUAUUGUAAUGGAAUUGGCAGAAAUGGAUUUUUAUGAAUUUAUGAAAACAAAUAAAUUCAAUAAUUUUGAUAUCCAAGAAAAAAAUGAAUUAUUUCUUCAAGUAUAUAAUAAAACUAUUUUAGAUGAUCUAAGCAGUUUAGGAAUUUCAUAAUUUUGGUUAUUUUCAUAGAGAUUUAAAACCAGAAAAUUUUGUAUGUUGCCAUGAUUAGGAAUAAAAAUUAAUUAUUAAAUUAAUUGAUUUUGGUAUUUCUAAAAGUCAAUAAGAUCUUGGAAGUUAGACUCUAAACAUAGGAACCCCAUACUAUAUGGCUCCUGAAAUUUUAUAAGAUAAAAACUAUUCCAGAACUAUUGAUGUUUGGGCUUUGGGAACUUUAUGGUAUGAAAUGAUAACCAGAAAAACAUUCUUUGAAGGUACAAAUAUUUUUAUUCUAGGUAUGAGUUAUUUCAUCCUUAUGAAUUAAAUCAAAAACAUCAAGCAAAAUGAGAUUAAUCAAAAAAUUGAUUAGCUUUAUUAAGUUUAAAAUAAUUUUAGAGAGAUCAUAAAAUAAAUGAUUUGUGUUGAUAGUUAGUAAAGAUUAAAAUUGGAAAAUAUUAUAUUAUAAAUAGAGAAAAGCUGUGAACAAUAAAGAAUUCAUAAAAUUGAAGUAGAACUGUAAAAAAAAUUAUAAAAAGAAUUUGAAGAAAAAGAAAGACAAAUCAUAUUGAGUAAUCAAUAGAAAUUGGAUGAACUUUCUCAAAAAAUNUAAUAAGCAAUGAAUAACUUAUAACAGAAAUAUUAAAAGUUAUUAGAUGAAUUCAAUUAAUAAUCGCAAUCUAUUGAAAAUAUUAAGAUAAAGUGUGAAAAUUAUUCUGAAUACAAUAGUAAAGUUAAUGAUCAAUUUAAAUAAUUAAAAUAGAAUAAUUACAUUAUUGAUUCAUUAUUAAAUUAACUUAAAUAAUUUUAUGAUGGAGGAUAUAAUUGUAUUUCUAAAGAUUUAAUCAAUUAUAUUUAAAAAUAAUAAUAAGAUAUUUAACAUAAAUUAGAAUCCUUUUAAGAAAUAAAUAAUGAAUUAAAUGAUUUCCUAAUAGCUUUAAAACAAGAAUUAAAGAAAGAAGUGCAAAAUUAUAUAUUCUAAAUGGAUGAUUAGAUUUAUGAAAUAGAUUACAAAAUUUAAAAUAACUUAAAAGACUAAGAUGAACAUCAAGAAAGUAUCAAACAUUAAUUAUAAGAGAAAUAAAAAAAUAUUCAAUAAAUGUAACAAUAAUUAAACUAAUUUAACUAAACAGAAAUAUCGAUACAUAAAUAUAUUUAAAUAAAAACUCUUUACUAAUAAGAAGUUGA